CCCGCCGACAAAUUGCUGGUGGCGGCGCAGGCGCGCUGCGGGACUGGCUCGGGAGACUGGCUGCGGGUCGCAAUGCCGUACGCCAACCAGCCAACCGUGCGGAUCACGGAACUCACCGAAGAGAACGUCAAAUUCAUCAUCGAGAACACGGACCUGGCGGUGGCCAAUUCCAUUCGGAGGGUCUUCAUCGCCGAGGUGCCCAUAAUAGCCAUUGACUGGGUUCAGAUUGAUGCCAAUUCCUCAGUCCUUCAUGAUGAAUUCAUUGCUCACAGGCUUGGAUUGAUCCCCCUCACUAGUGAUGACAUUGUGGACAAGCUGCAGUACUCCCGGGACUGCACGUGCGAAGAGUUCUGCCCUGAAUGUUCUGUGGAAUUCACCCUUGACGUGAGGUGCAAUGAAGAUCAGACUCGUCAUGUUACCUCUCGAGAUCUCAUCUCCAACAGCCCCCGGGUUAUUCCGGUGACAUCCCGGAACCGGGAUAAUGACCCCAAUGACUACGUGGAGCAGGAUGACAUCCUUAUUGUCAAGCUGAGGAAGGGCCAGGAGCUGAGACUUCGAGCCUAUGCCAAGAAGGGCUUUGGCAAGGAGCAUGCCAAGUGGAACCCCACUGCAGGGGUAGCUUUUGAAUAUGAUCCAGACAACGCACUUAGGCACACGGUGUAUCCCAAGCCUGAGGAAUGGCCAAAGAGUGAGUACUCCGAACUGGAUGAGGACGAGUCACAGGCUCCCUAUGACCCCAACGGCAAGCCAGAGAGGUUUUACUACAAUGUGGAGUCCUGUGGCUCACUGCGCCCUGAAACCAUUGUCCUCUCUGCCCUCUCUGGGUUAAAGAAGAAGCUGAGUGAUUUACAGACUCAGUUAAGCCAUGAGAUCCAGAGUGAUGUGCUUACUAUAAACUAACCAUAGCUCACCCGCUGCAGAAGACUGGGUUCAAGGUCUACGGUCUUGGGAGCCCUUCUGGUUUCUAGGCUCUGGACUACAGCUGCUCAAGCUGCCUGGAACGUCACCGGAGAGAUUGCCAGGGGUUCACUGGUGUUAGACAGAGCAGUUUUUCACUAGGCAUUUAGCAUUCUGGAACCUACCUUGUUGAUCACCAUGGUAUUCCUUAGAACACUAGUUACCCCUUCCAUCCCGUUUCCUAGCUCACUUUUAGGGAGCCUUAUUGCUUCCUAGUUGAGAACCACUUGACCUAGACAUCUGGUCACUCCAGCUUUUUAAAUCUCUACCCAAGGAAGGAGUUUACAGCUGUAACUUAGGCUUCUGGUGUUGGAUCUGAGUAUUAGGACUUUCAUAGAAGCAGCCUGUGACCUUUCAAGUCCUUCCCAGGGUCAGGGCCAAGUUACUGGUACUUGAAGUUUCAGGUGACCCUAAGCUAAAAUGUCACUUUUUAGGACUAGUAUUAGACCCUUGCUAUACUCUGUCCAUGGGUAAACUUGCUGUUUGACACUCUGGCCUGACUCUGGGGGUGGGGGUGGGAGGCAGACAACUUUUCUUUCUCUUUAGUGACGUUCAGGCCUUUCCCUUAGCACGUCUCCAGGUAGGAACAGACCUGCCCAUAGUGGUUUUCAGGCAGCCUGGGGAAAAGCACACACCAGCACAGAAAGGAAGGGAUAUUUAUUGAUCAACAAUAGUUGUCUUUUUACAAGUUUUUAUUUUUGGCAAUAAAGAGCACAACAUAAUCUC